AUGAACAACCUCCUCGAUCGACCAUUGCCCGGCCAGAUAGACGAGGAAACGCCCAUCAACAUCCGCAUCAGCUCGAGUCCUCCCAUCAGCCUCCCCCUCCAUACACGGCAACGGCCCCGAUACUACGAGACCUAUGCGUACGAGCCGCCGCAGAACCACGAUGGCCUCCUCAAUGUCCCUCGGUUCUUCCAACCGUCCCAGACGCAUCACCAGCCGAGUCGAUCAAUGAUGCAGCUCGGUUCCUCGUCGUCCAUCGUCACAUCCAUGCCGACAGAUUCUCUGUACAGACAGACGACUCCCGUGCAGGACUUGGGCGAUGUUAUACAGUUCAACCGAGAGAGGGCAAAUGCGGUCCAGAGGAGAAAUGAGGCGUCGCAGAUCAAGUGGCUCAAUGCUUCGUUCGACUGGCAUGACGAUGACUCGACAAACCAGUGGCUGCGGCCUAGUCAUCAUCCAGAUGCCAACAUCUCGAGCCAAGAGGAGACUUUUUCUACCGAUACGCGGCUGUUUGCCGACCAGUUAAGUGACAGCUUCGGCGAGACGUCGUGGCAGGCCACCGAAUCCUACCCGGCCAGCACGCACGACCCCCUGGAUCCCAGUACCCUAGCCGUCCAGGACGUCCACCGUACCUAUAUCGCCAGCCUGGCUUCUGAACCACAACAACACGAACGAACCGGUCGCUACAACAGCCAACAGGCGCUCGAGGUGGAUGCCUGCCUGGAGCGGAUGGUGAGCACGCUCGAUGCGCAUCACAGGGGCACAACAAUGGGCAUGGACGCCACCGGACCCCAUGACGCACUUCCCACCUUCAUGUGCCCCUAUGCCAUGAGAUACCCAGACCGCGUAAGCUACAGCUGCUUCCAAAAGCUCAACACAAUCCCGUACGUGAAGCAGCAUCUAAGGCACAGCCACCACGACGCCAUCGGCUGUCUUCAUAAGUGCCAGAAGUCAAAGUCCAGACCCAACCUUAUCGCCGGCCUCUCCUUUGGCCCAGACAUGUGCUUCCAGAUUAACGGGCGCCGCAGUGACCGGUCCAAGUCGCACAAGGAGCAGUGGAACCGUAUUUAUCAGAUCCUGUUCCCCGGCGCGGAUCGCAUCGCCGAACCCAGCAUUGGGUACUCGACCGUCAAGCGGCUCAGGGGUUUGUUCAAGUUCAUGAAGACCCACGGCGCCGACUGCCUGAGCCCAGUCUAUGCCCAGCUGCCGCGCUCGAUAUCCUUUCCAGCGCCGGAGGUCAUGUACCGGAGAGCUUUCUGCACAUGGCUGCCGCGCGUUUUUGAGCGCCAAUCCCCCCUGCAAGGGCAAGUCUUGCUGGGGGACUUUCUCAACCAGAUCAACAUUGUUCUGCGUGACAACUCUUUUGUUCUAGACUGUUUCUCUGGAUCUGCAAGUCUAAGGAAUGCGGCAACUCUACGACAGAUGGAUCAGCCUAAUUUCUCAUUCACGUCAAUGUCGCAAACGGGCCUCCAGUCAAGCCAACAGCCGUCCUAUUCCGCUACUCCCUCGACAUAUAUCACGCAGCACCAAGGCUAUUUUCAGCCAAUGACAGGUGCCUCGUUCUGUGAGGCUCAAUAUAACCCUUCACCUUCGGAGAUCUCCUACCUCAACACGCCCAUCGAGCCCCAGGCAAACAGCGGGUUUGCAACUCCAACGCCUCUGCUUGACGAAGCGACUCUUGACUCCCAAUUCGAUCGUGGACUUGACGAUUUCUUAUUCGACCAAUUCAGCCCCAGACAGGGCAGUCCUUCUCAGUUCCUCGAUAUUGAUGUCGAUAACGAUCUGUCACAACUGACUACCGAGGACCCUGAGCUUUGA